AUGAGUUCUUACGCAAAUCAAAAGAAGAAACGAAAUGACUUUGGUGCCACAUCUCCACCCUUUAUCGACUACCUCAAAGAUAUUCUGCGCAGGUAUCCUGAUGGAGGCCAAAUACUUAAGGAGCUGAUACAGAAUGCAGACGAUGGAGGUGCUUCAGAGGUGGUGUUUAUCUAUGAUGAGACCACGUACGGGACCCAGAACCUUUGGACUGAAGAUCUGGGAAAAUACCAAGGUGCUGCCCUGUACGCCUAUAACAAUGCGGAGUUCACGGAGGAUGACUGGCGGGGCAUACAGGCCACAGGAAGGAGUGUCAAGCGCAACGAUCCAAACAAAGUGGGACGGUUUGGGAUUGGGUUCAACUCCGUCUAUCACAUCACAGAUUUGCCAUGCAUAUUCAGUGGCAAACACCUUGGCAUGCUGGACCCCCAGGAGAAGAUAUUUGGAGAACGGAAAGGUGGUUUCCAGUGGUCUCUUGAGGACGAUGAGGACAGGGAAACACUAUUGAGCCGGCAAGAUCAAUUCCAGCCAUUUCGAGACAUACUUCAAAAAGUCAGUGGCAAAACUUGGAAAGAUGUCGUUGGUAAAGACAGAAUCUUCAGCGGGACAGUGUUUCGUUUUCCGUUGCGUAAUGACCCGUCUGAUAUUUCCGAUAACCUGUACGACUCUGAAAGGAUGCUUGAGCUCUUUGACAGCUUCAUUGCAGAUGCGGACAUAAGCCUUCUCUUCCUGAGAAAUGUUUCUUCAGUCUCCUUGAAGCACAUUAGCUCAAAUGGCUCAGUCAUUGACAGACUGAAACUCUCUGCAUCACGCCCUAUUGUCAACGUAGCUUUUAAUGCAAGAGAUAAGGUGACUGCAGAAGGGUCAACAUGUUUUAAAAACAUUUCUUCCUACUGUCCAAACCAAGGAAAGACAAAUGCCCAAUGGCUCGUAACAACAUGCUGUAUGAAAGAAGGGCAGAUACCAGACCUGGACUCACUGGCUAAGAAACUAAGCUUUCGGCCCCAAGUUGAUCUAGCAUUCCCCAUAGAUAAGAAAGCAUCUGUGUCCAGUGGAAGACUGAGCUGUUUUUUGCCCCUCCCAAAUAAUGAAACGAACAGGACUGGGCUCCCAGUUCAUGUUAACGCCUGCUUCGGCCUAACGGACAACCGGAGGCAUAUUAAAUGGCAGGAAGAGGACCAGAAGCACGAUGAAGCUGCUGUCUGGAAUGAGCUGCUUGUGAAAGACGUUCUCCCCCAUGCAUAUCACAUAAUCAUGCUUGACGCCAUUCACUUGUCCAGAAACGCCAGCUUUCUUUCAUCCUUGGUGUACCGCCUUUGGCCAGACAUUGAUCAGAUGAAACACAACGAGAGAUGGCAGAGAGUUGCUGUCAACACGCUGCAGAAUUUCCUCCAUCUGAACGAGGCCAUCUUAUGUCAAGCUGGAGAUGCAAAGAAAUGGGUGAAGCUGUCAGAAGCUGUGUUUUUACCAGAUGAAACAAUGGACCCUCAAAUGAAGAAUGCUGUAACAGAUGUAUUGAUAGCACAGGGUGAAAACCUUGUCUCCAUUGCCAGCCAUGUAUCAAGAGACAUCCAGCUCAUUGUGCAAAGUCCCACCGGCUUAAAAAGCGCAACUCCAGCAUUUGUUCGGGCUGUCCUCCGCAGAAGUGCGACUGUCAACCUCUCCAGGGAGGGCAAGUUCUUUCUCCUGGAGUAUGUACUGAGUGAUGGAAAGUACCAUGAACUCUGGGGUCUUCAGCUUCUGCCUCUUAGUGAUGGGACAUUCAAAUCAUUCACAAAUGAAGACAAGAAUCUGGCUCUGAUUGACAGCGAGCAGUUCCCACGAGAGCUGCUACCAAUGUGGCAACAUCGAUUUUUGCCCAGGGAUCUCCAAAGGAAUGCAGUCUACCACCUGAGGCAACUUGCAGCAACAAAUACAUACAACAAAAUAAUUAACAUGGAUGCUGCAAGCGUGGCUGCACUUGCCAUAAAAAAUCUUCCAAUGGACUGGCAAACGACACAAGGUCAUGUGACCUGGAAGGUAGGAAACAGUCAACAUCCUCCCAUGCAGUGGCUGAAAGAAUUCUGGAAAUUUCUCAACAUUCAUUGGAGAGAGCUGAGCAAAUUUGAUGGCAUGCCAUUAAUACCAGUUAAGCCUCUUCAAGAUUCUGUCAGUUCUGUGACAUUGGCACGAAUACAGAAGAAGACAACUCUGGUGUUUCAGGAGACCAAACAGAACAACUUACCAACUGAGAUAGCAAAAGUUGUUGAAAAGGUUGGAGGUACUAUCAUAAAGAGGGACACAUUUCUCAAGCACCAAGACCUUGAAAACUUUGUACUAACACCCUCCCCAAGGAACAUUCUGCAACUGUUCCUGAACAUAGAAAAACGUCAGGUCAUCUGUGGAAUUGAGUCUGCUUCAGCCAUGGAGAAGGAAGCACUGAAAUCUUACUUCUCUUCUUUGAGCUCCCUGACCAAUGUUGAAAAAUGCCUUCUUUCUGAGCUACCCCUCUUCCACCCAAUGGUGUCUUUGAAAGGCUACUCUGGAGAAUACGCUGCUGUCAAGUCAAAGCAGGCUGUGGUCCUUAACUCCAUCCCAUCCAUCCCCACAGAUCUCGUCAUGGCUGAUGAAGUUGUACAGUGUGCAAAUGAAGCUGACCGUAGGCUGCUAACAUUGCUCAACAUUGACCUCCUCAGUUCAGCUAAGGCAGGCAUUCUUCUAGUCGAUGGUAUUGAGAAGAGACUGUACAAAAGUGAAGAGACUGACAAAAUAAUGAUGUGGAUAUUAGAACAUGGUAAUGUGCUCUUUUCCCAGGACCAGACCUUGUACAAAAAAUGUAAGGAUCUCAGUUUCAUUAACGUGCAGGGAAGAGAAUACAAAAAAGCUUCAAGUUUCUUUGACCCUGACAACAAAAUAUUCAAAGUUCUGUUUGAAACAGAUUUCUUCCCUCCACCAGCUUUCACAAGGACUAAAUAUAUGCUGCAAAGUUUGAAGUCUCUUGGAUUGCAGACAGAGGAACAGAACAUCUCUUCUGGUGAUGUGCUUCAUGUUGCUAAGCACAUUGAAAAGCUACAUGUUCAUUCUUCAGAAAAGACUUUUGUAAAAGCAGAUGUACUGACUGGACUGUUGAAUAAUACCAAUGUGCUUUCCAAAUUUUCUGCACAACAGCUUUGGGAUCUUGUACACACCCAGUGGGUUCCAUGUAAAAAUCCAGAUACUGUGAAUGGCAACCAUGAGGUAAAAUCUCAAGAGAAAAGCCUCUUCAAGCCAGCAGAGAUACGGCAUUCAAAGUACUGUGAGCUUGUGGGUCAUGUGAUGCCUCUCACUAAUCAACUGAACGAGAGAGUCAGUGAAAAGCUCGGCCUCCUAAGUCUACCUCCUGCUGAGAAAGUGUUCAAAAAUCUAUCUGCUCUGAGAGCAACUUUACCUGAAGUGUGCGAACCAGACACUGAAGUUGAUUUCAAAAGAAAGCUGCACAGCACUUAUGCAUGUAUGCAAGAUAACAUCGCUCACUUCAGAGACACGGCAGAGAAGAAAACUGUACCUUGGCUCUGGAUUCACAGCCACUUUGUGUUUCCUCACGAUGUCGUUUUAGCCUAUCCACACGGAUUGGAUCUCAGCUCCCACAUUGAGAAAGUGCCAGAAGAAUUCCUAGUGUACAAAAGAAUGCUAACUGAGUUUGGAGUGAAAGCAUCGGUGUCAGAGAAAGAGGUUGAGGAAAUACUGUAUAACAUGAAGCAAAAAAUUGACGAAAGGUGUCCAUCUCAUGGAACCCGGCUUGAAUUGACUGUAGCAAUUGCCAUUCUCAACUGGAUGUGCAAAGAAAAGAAACAAACAAAAGAUGACUUACCAGUGCCUGCUAUGGCAGGAGACAAAGAGUUUAACUUGCAGCCGUUGUCAUCCACAGUGUUUUGUGACAUCACGAGAGAAGGUUUGGAAGACCUAAGAGAAGACCAGGAAGUGUUCCAUGUAGUCCAUGAGGACAUAACUCAAGGAAUUGCAAAAUGGCUGAAAAUUCCUUCCCUCAGUACUCGAAUCCUCAGACCAGAAUUUGUUGGUAUAGAGCAAUGUGGACAAACAGAACCUAUAACUCUGAGGAUCAAGAACAUACUGAAAGAGUACAAUGAGGAAAAGGAUCUCUUCAAAGAGUUAAUUCAAAACGCAGAAGAUGCUGGUGCAAGCACGUGUAGGUUCAUGUUGGAUUUCAGAAAACACAAAGACUCACCUGAUACCCUUAUAGACGCAGACAUGUCCCUCUGCCACGGACCCUGCCUUUGGGCAUUCAAUAAUGAGCUCUUCAAGGAAGAAGACUGGAUAAACAUAGUAAAAGUUGGAUCUGCCUCAAAAGAAAAUAAGGUAGAGAAAAUAGGGAAGUUUGGGCUUGGUUUCAAUGCAGUCUAUCAUGUGACUGAUAUUCCAUCUGUCCUGAGUGGUAAGAAACUCCUCAUUCUCGAUCCAAACGUGACUCAUCUGAAAAAACACAUACAAAGCAAAGCGAAUCCUGGAAUCAAACUUGACUUAUUUCAAGAGCGACUCUUUCGUAGGUUUCCAGGACAAUUCAAACCAUACCAGGGAAUAUUUGACUGUGAUUUGUCAAUGGAAAAUGUUCAGAAAUUCUACCAGGGAACUCUCAUUAAAUUGCCCUUCCGGACACAAGAGGAAGCUACAAACUCUGAGAUCAGCAAGAAGGUUUAUGAUGAAGAGGACAUUAUUGCAUUUCAGCAACACUUGACCAAUAAUGCAGAGAUCCUUCUACUGUUUCUCAGGAAGGUUGACAAACUGUCUCUUGAGAUCCUAUCUGAAAGUGCCUCCACCCCUCCACAGGAUAAAGAAGUGAAAUCUCUCCUCACAGUCACCAGAAAAGUUGUGAGCACCGUACGUGUCCCAGAUGACAUUCCUUUGAAAACCAUGAAGAAUGAUGGAGUGAAAGUGUUAUUUGACAGUAAUUGGGAAAAUGUCAUUGGUUGUCAGGAAGCAAGCAUAAUUGAAAUGACAAAGACAUACAAGGAUGAAGCCGGUAUCAAGUACUGGCUUGUGCAUUCAUGCAUUGGAAUGAAAAAAUCCUUUGACAUGCUCCAGAGGAAAAAUACACAGAUGAACUCUUUGCCAAUAGGAAGCACUGCUGUGCCUCUACAGAAAAACACAGAAGGGGGAAAUUGGCUACCUGAGAAAAGCAGCAUGCCUGGGCAAGUUUUUUGUUUCCUGCCGCUCCCAAUUAAUUCUGGUCUUCCAGUUCAUGUGAAUGGAUCCUUUUCUGUGACAUCAAACCGGAAGGGCCUUUGGGAAACUGGAGAAAAACAUGAAUGGAACAAAGCUCUACUUCAAGAUGCCGUUACUACUUCGUACAUUUCCGCACUCUCAGUGUUGAAAAAGAUGUCCGAAAAGGGAGAGCUCCAAGGUUACCCCUACUACACAUUCUGGCCUGACAAAGAGAAAGUGAGCACAGCUUUUGAAUCUCUCAUUGUUGCUUUUUACUCUGCUAUUGCUCAUAAUUUUCUGGGCAAGAGUCUUGAACUCUUCAGUGAUGGGACAAACUGGUGCUCCAUAGACAAGGCCAGAUUUUUACACCCAGAUAUAGAGCAGAACAAGAAAGUUGGACAGCUUGCAAUGAAAGAGUUUCUGGCAAAUCAUGAAAAACACUACCUUGCUGUUCCUCUCCCAGAAUGGGUGAGAAAUAGUUUCAAGCAGACCGGUUUCAAUGACAUAAUAGAAGAAAGGACAUUUGACUGGAUUACAUUCUAUCAGGAGGUAGUGUUCCAGAACCUGAGUGCUAUGGAUCCUGAGAGCAGGAAUUCUCUUGUGCUGCAUGCCAUUGACAUGAAUGAUAAAGCAAUCGAUAGCCUAUUGAAAAGGUAUGCUUGCAUUCCUGCAGAGGGUUGUGAGCAGCUUCAGUUCAUUAGAAAACUUGUCAACCCCUCAGGAAAAGUGGCUUGUCUCUAUGAGCCAGAGGAGUGCCGUUUUCUUAAAGGAACAGCAGGGGAUUUCUGCUCUCCAAAACGGAUCCAACGUUUGACAGAACUGGGAAUGCUAAGUGACCAUCUCUCAUUGGCGGACAUCAAAGAGAGAGUCAGGACUAUUGCCCGUAUUUGGCAAAGAAACAAGUCGGAAGCAUGCAAACGCAUUCGGUGCAUCCUGGACCUCACAAGCAAGUCAUUACAUGAUGAAAGUUCUCCUCACUGGGAAUCAAUCAGAAGCACAGCCUUCAUUCCUGCCUGGCCACCACAGAUUUCUGAUCAAGGCAAACGUACCAGUGUCACGCUUAAAAAGCCUACUGACCUUUACAGUCACCGGUGUCAGUAUUUGGUUAACAUGACACAGUUCACAGUAGACCAAGCAACUCUCCAACCACCUUACUAUGAUUCAGUCCUCAGUAAAUUAGGAGUUCUUGAAAACCCACCCAUUAACACAGUCCUUCAGCAGCUAGAAGAAGCACAGCAACAUUGUUCAGCUUUUGAAGAAGGCAUGCUCUCCAAAAUUGCUUAUGAAUGCUAUGGUUUUUUGGACAAAUUGACAAAUGAACAAACUACAUCAGUGGCUGAAUUGAUUUUUAAGCGAGCACAGUCAUUUCCCUUUGUCCUAAUUGAGGACAAGUUUGUGAAUGUGAGGUCUGUGGCAAAGAAGAUGGAGUUUGAAGCUAAGCCAUACCUGUAUGGUCUUCCAAGUGGCCUCUCCAAAUUCAAAAACCUUUGGAAAUGUGUUGGCAUACAGAAGCAUUUUACCUCAGAGCAGUUUGUGGGUGUGCUACAGGAAUUUAGUAAUAAGUACAGAAAUGAAAAACUUUGUCACAGUGAUUUAAACAUCUGUCUCACUGUAAUUACAAAGGGAUUGUAUAAACCUGAGGAUGAAAAACCAAAAGACUGUGUUUUGCCAGAUGAGAGUGGUGUUUUACACCCUUCCCACCAGCUCCAUUUUAAUGACAGUCCCUGGAUGCCAGUCUCGCCAGAUGUUGUUUUGUGCCACGCCCUCAUACCUCGCAUCAUUGCACUUCAUUUCGGGGUCAAAACAACAAGACACCGGGCUCUGCAAAAUCACCUGAUUGAAGGAUUUUCGCCCUUCGUGAAAGAGUUCGGACAGCAUGAGGAACUGACAGUCCGUCUUAAAAACAUCAUUGCAGCUUAUCCAUCCAAGAAAGAUAUUCUGAAAGAGCUCAUACAAAAUGCUGAUGAUGCAGAGGCGACAGAGAUUCACUUUGUUUGGGACACCAGGACACACAACACAGAAAAAACCUUUGGAGAGAAAUGGAAUCCAUUGCAGGGUCCAUCGUUGUGUGUGUACAACAACAAGCUGUUUUCAGAUACAGAUCUGAAAGGAAUUCAGCAGCUCGGGGAAGGUGGAAAACAUGGCACACCUGGAAAAACAGGAAAGUACGGACUUGGGUUUAACUCUGUUUACCAUCUGACUGACUGCCCUGCAUUUGUAACUGGAGAUAGAUGGCUCUGCAUAUCUGACCCAAAUCUAAACUAUGUAGAAGCUGGAACAAAGCAAUCACCAGGGUGUAUGUAUUCACUGGAAAAGGAAUUUAAGGACUCAUUCCCUGAUUUGUACAAUACAUUCCUUCCAGAAGAUUUCUCACUCAAGGUAGGGACCAUGCUCAGACUGCCACUCAGGACAGAAGGAAUGGCUAAAAUCUCAGAAAUAUCAAAGGACAUUGUUACCCCUCAGGAUAUCGAAGAACUCUCUUCUGAGCUUUCUAAAGAUCCCGAAGGAUUGAUUCUCUUUUUGAGGUACAUUCAAAAAAUACAGUUCCAUGAAAUAUGUCCACACACAAACAAACUGAGAACUACAUUCUCAACAGAGAUAAAGUUAUCUGAAAAAAACUUUAAGAAAAAAGAUGGUUUUCAAAACCAUGUUCAGAAGUCCUUACGUUCAAGAGGGCCAGCUGAACCAGUGCAAGCCAUCUAUGAAAUGGACAUUUCAUCAUCUCCAAAAAAGCUAACUCAAUGGAUCAUAGCAGAGCAGUUUGGCGCUCUCAGUGAAAACCCUGAUAUGAUGACUGAUAGAUCUGACACGAGAGUUCCUCAGGCUGCUGUAGCAGCUUGUUUGAAUUCUAAAUUGACUGGGAGGAUGUUCUGUUCCCUGCCUUUACCAGGCCAUACAGGACUUCCAGUGCAUGUAAAUGGAAAUUUUGAGGUAGACUCCUCCAGAAGGGACCUCUGGAAAGAAGAUGGUAAGAGCUUGAAGAUGGAGUGGAAUGAAUCCCUGAAACUGAAUGUCAUUGCUCCCUUGUAUGCAGAUCUACUAAAUUAUGUCCAUGACACGGUUAAGAAGGACAGUCAUUCUUCAUUACUGUCUCUUGGGCAACACUUGGAUUCUGCUUAUCUGCAUUUUUUCCCUAAAAUUUCAGACUCCAUUGGCCCAGAGUGGCACGGAACAAUAAAUGCAAUGUUUAAGUCAAUCAAUGAGAGAAAUCUUCAUCUGAUUCCCGUUUUUCACAGUUCAAUUCAUCAGAUUUCCUAUUUCAAAAGAACACAAUACACCAUAAGCUGGUCUAGUGUCACAAAUAAAGAGCCAACUGAUGCACCUCAUUUCACCAGUGAGUACAAUGACAGCUUGCAUCAAACCUUAGAGGAUGUUGGUAUGAACCUAGUUCCAUUCUCUUGCAGUAUGGACAUCUUCACCAGUUUUAUGCAUGCAGGUGUUGAAGUGAGGACAGUCAGUCCCCUGACAGUAGGAAACUACCUGAGGAGAAAGCUACUGAAUGAUCCAACGAAAACUGAAAAUAGUUUGCCCCUGCCAGUUAGUCAGACUUUGAUCAAAAGCAAAGGUAGAUGUAAACAGCUUCUGGAUUACUGUUUGAAGAAAACAAAUGAGAAUGAAUCCAUCUUGGUGAGUGGACUGCCUCUUCUUCUUACUUGUGACCAGAUUCUGAGGGUAUUUAAUGCUGACUCUCCAAGGCUAUUUUCAAAGUUUUGUGAACUAUUUCAAGGGCACGCAGAUGACUUUGCAGAUUACAGAGUCAAUUGUGAGCAUAUUGAAGUUCUUGAAGACGGUCACUUUCUGAAAAAAAUGACCAUCCGUGACUCAGAAAGAUAUCUGAAACCAAUACUUGAGGGGUUCCUUCAAAAUUGUGAUCGAAAUUCUAUGCUGCCAUCUCCAGAAGAGGCAUUCAUUACAUGGUUAAAACAACUUUGGAAGUUUUUUUGUGAUCAGGUUAAAUCAGCUACAAAGAAAGAUAGGGAAAACAACAAGGCCUUUGUCGACAUAAAGGAUCUAUUUUCAGACUCUCCUAUUGUUCCUGUCAUCUGUCAAAAUCAAGGUGGCAAAUGUUUUCUGAAAACACCGGGGACACUGUGCAGUGUGAUCUCCUUUUCAGAGGCAGAAGUACCAAAAAUCCUCCUUAAACUUGGAUUCAUGACAUUGAACACAACGUUCUUCAGAGAUUUCAGAGAGCUUUCGCCACAUCUCACUCAUGAACUACUCGAUGCAACUGACAGCAGAGCUGUUCUAGAUCAACUCUAUGUGUCGCAGCACUGUCAGUUUGACAAGCUUUCUGAUUAUGAAAUGGAUGCUCUUUUAUGGGCUUUGCAAUCAGUAAUAUGUUCUGCCCAAAAUACUCAGAAACAACAAAGCAAGCUCAAGUCACUGCCACUGUUUGAAACCAUACAAGGGAACCGGCAAAGGGUUGACAAAGUCAAAAAAGUGUUCAUCUUGAAAACAGAUUUAAUGCAAAGCUUUCCUGAUUUGUACACAAUUGACAAGGAGACCAUUUUCCUCAGACACAGUGCUGUGAAUGAGACCCUGGCAAAAAAGAUGGACAUUGUCAUCUUGGAUGAUCUGGAGUACUAUGUAAAAUUCAUUCUGCCCGCCUUACAUAGGCUCAACAAUGACCAAGUUCUGAAUUCAGUCCGGAUGCUGUUUGAAAUACAACAUAAUGCACGCUAUCAGCAGUACAAUGAUAAAAUUGUUAACACGCUGAAAAAUGUCAGGUUUGUUCGGGAUGUCCAUGGUGUUCUUCAGGUAGCCUCAUACUACUAUGAUGAAAAUGUUUAUCUGUACCAAAUCAUGCUCCCAAAAGAGAGGUUUGUUCCAGCACAGUUUUGGGACAUCAUUGAACAUGGUAAUGGAAGACCCAACAAGACUGAUGCAAAACAACUGCUGAAGGAACUUGGGUUGAAGCACACUGUGUUGGAAGAAGAAUUGAUUCAGUUCGCACACCAGGUUGCAUCUGAUGCCAAAGGGAAUAUUUCCCUCAAGGAGCUGAAACAGAAAUCAGAUGCUUUGUUUGGGACUGUUUUAAAUAGAGACACCCCAGAGUUUCUGAACACAAUAUCUUCCAUAAAAUUUAUCUUUCCACUGCAGGUUGCACAAAACCUGUGUGAAUACCACCAACCUUUUGCAGCACAGAGGCAACUUGUGGCAAUCAAAGGCUCUUUGAUACAGAGAGAUCCACAACACCAAUUUUUGAUCUGGACCUCAUUACCAAUAUUGCCAUCAGAAAGCUGCACAAUGAGUCAAAUAAAUGUAAUGAAGGAAGCUGGAGCUCUUGAGAAGCCUAACCCUCAACAUGUAACUGAAAACCUGAUGAAUAUCUGCCAAGCACCAUGUGAGAAUGAAGAGAUGAUUCAAACCAGACGGGAAGUUUUCCGUCAUUCUUAUGGCUUUCUCCAGUCUAUGGAUUUUGAUGCCUGUCCACUGAUGGACCUUCCUCUGGUGUUGGUUGAAAACAAUGCUAAACUUGUAACACCCAAACAAACAGUUUUAACGCUGGAUGAUCAUGUAAAGUUCAGGCCCUAUUUAUUCAAAGUGCCUUCUGAAUUGGCGAUAUAUGAAGAUUUUUUUAAGAAGAUAGGUGUUGAAGAAACACCUUCUACAAAACAAUACAUCUCUGUUCUCCAAGCUAUUUACCAGGACACUAUUGACAAGCAAAGGUUGAACCCAAAUCAGUUAAAAACUUGUAAACACACUGUCAAGCAACUUUUUAAUUUGAUUGAAAAGACAUCAAGACAAAAGCCGGCUGAGGUCCCUGAGCCCCUUUACCUACCAGCAAGGGAUGGUAGAUUGUAUGAAUCGACCUCACUGUAUUUCAAUGACACUUCCUUCCAGGUUACUAGAUGUGAGGACUCCGUACAAAACAAACUGAAACUUCUUGAUAAACUAAACAAUUACUAUCUUGACAGGGAUUGCUAUAAACAACAGAAACUGAUACAGUUGCUGCCCCACAAUGUUCGUCCCAAACUGCUAUCUGAAGUUAUAACUGAGAAGCUGGUGGAAUCCAGUCUGCAGUGGUGUGAAUAUAGGGAAUACUGUCACUUCCGUAGUCAGUUUGAAGGCACUUUGUCUUCUAGCCAUUUUCUCUAUGGCCUAGUCUGCCUGGUAAGACAACAGUGCAGCGGCACAGUAUCCCAAAACGAGGCUGAGAACAUGUGUCAGAAUUCUUUCCGCAGAAUUAAGAUCAUCUGUUGCGAGAACCUUGAAACGGUUCUGUUUCUCAAUCAGCAGCCACUGGAUAACACAACAGCUGAAACACAGGUUUAUGUGAAGAGGGAACAAGAGAGGUGCACGUUCUAUCUAAAACACAGUGAUGACCAGACACCAAAAGUGAUGUAUGAGGUCCUCCCAAGUCUAGCCAACGAGAUCAAUGUCCUCCUCAAAAAUGCUCUUGAAACAGAUUCACUCUUUGUCCUCCAGAAACUGCUGGUGUGCGAGAGCAUGGAGGACGUACAGAAGAUGCUUGAAAGAAAUGGAAUACGAAACAGUGCAGAAGAUGGACACUGUCACUUCCCGGACCCUGGGAGUAUUAUUCCUGACGAGUGGAUUGACACCCUUGACAUGAACUUUCUUAACAACUUUGAAAAAGGAGAAUAUGUUGGCUUCAGAAAGCCAACUUGCAAUGAAUAUUGCUUUGCAAUUGUUGUUGAAGAGGUGAAUGAAUCUUUAAACCAGGGAAGGCUGUCUUCUCGGAAAUACAAAAUAAAAAUCGGGAUAGAUGAGGUCACCGAGGUAAGCGUUCUUGAUCUGUAUCAGUUCAAAAGAGUACAGAGACCUUCCUCUUCUGCUGGGAACUACUGCAAGGAGAUUGUUCCAUCACAGGCAGCAGCACAGUCUGCCCCACCACCUGCCAAACUCCAACCACAAUCCCUGGAAGAGAUCAAAGCAGAAAUAGACAAGUGCCUGACGGAGAUAUGGAUGCUGCCGAAAGAGGAGAGGCGAAAAGGCAUCAGACGCCUCUACCUGAGGUGGCAUCCAGACAAAAAUCCAGACUGUGUCGACCUCGCCACCGAGGCCUGCAAAUACUUGCAGCAGAGGGUUGAGGAGUUGAAAAUGGGGAAGCCUAGUCGCCAUGGUUCUGGGGCUAGUGAAAGAUCCUCUCCAAGGAGCUCUGGCUUCAGCGACUUUUUCAAACAAUGGGAUCAGGAAGCCUCUCGGCAUCGGAGAGGACGGGAGAACUUUCACCAAAGGCAUUCUUCAAGGAAUUAUGACUUCUGGGAAUUCCAUGGAGGCAACGCCCACCAUGGAGGUACACGACCAACAUCAAACCCAGAGGAAGCUAAGCGCUGGUACAGACAGGCAAAGUGUGACCUCACCGCAGCCCACAAUGACACGGGAGGCAAGUCCCCAGAGUGGUGCCUCUUCAAAGUGCACCAAGCUGUAGAGAAGGCCCUGAUAGGAGCAAAAUACAAGAGCACUGGAAAACAUUCUACUGACUGCUCUAUUUCCAGCCUUGCAUGGCAACUGUCACACUGCAGGCCAAAGAUGAGCACGCUACCCGACAUGGUGAACAGGUUGAAACAACUAGGUGUCGACGCCAAGAAGACCCAGUACCCAAACUACCACACACCUCCGGGCAUUCCCAACACCCAGUUCAACUCUCAGGAUGAAACACAGGUGCUGAACGUGGCAUCUCAGCUCUUAACUACAAUAGAUGCAUACAUUAGUGAAUGA